CGCUUAAAACCCUGCUUAAACCCCCACCCUCUCUCCCUCACUCUCUCUCUCUCUCUCGCUCGCUCGCUCGCUCUCCAUCGAUGAACGCUUGGGCGGCUCUGGUCCGCACUCAAAUCUGGAUACGACUUUCCCAAGCCGUGACCAGCUCGCAGAGCAGAGGUUACUACAAGAGCAGGACCCGCAAGCCCAACCUCUACUCCGAGGUCAGUCCUCUCGGAAACCCUGGCCGGAGCGUCGCUCCGGUGCUCGACGGCUGGGUCCAGGGAGGCAACAAGGUCCGGUUCGCGGAGCUCCAGCGCAUAAUCCGCGACUUUCGCCGCCGCAAAAGAUUCUCUCACGCGCUCGAGGUCUCUGAAUGGACGCAAAAGAACGGUCUUUUUGUUUUUUCACCUGUGGAACAUGCUGUGCAGUUAGAUUUAAUAGGGAGGGUCCACGGAUUACUUUCAGCUGAAAACUACUUUGCGAACUUGAUGGACCAUGAAAAAACUUACAAGACAUAUGGAGCUCUUCUUAGUUGUUAUGUAAGGCAGCACCAGGUGGAGAAGUCCUUGUCUCAUAUCCAGAAAAUGAGGGAGAAGGGUUUUGACUUGACGGCUCUCACUUACAACAACAUGAUGUGCUUGUUCACAAAAAUUGGACAGCAUGAUAAGGUACCUGAUGUUUUAGCCGAGAUGAAAGAGAACAAAGUGUUGCCUGAUAAUUUUAGCUAUAGGAUCUGUAUGAAUUCCUAUGGUGAGAGAUCUGACAUAGAGGGAAUGGAAGAACUCCUUAGAGAGAUGGAAACCCAACCUCACAUAGCCGUGGACUGGAAUACGUACGCCGUUGCUGCAAAUUUUUAUAUAAAACCAGGGCUGACAAAGAAGGCGCUUGAUGCCCUAAAGAGAUCUGAAGAGAGACUAACUGGUAAAGAUGGGAUUGGAUAUAACCAAUUGAUAUCACUCCAUACUACUCUUGGAAACAGGACAGAAAUUUUGAGGUUGUGGGAACUGGAGAAAAUUGCUUGCAAGAGGUGCAUAAACAAGGAUUAUAUUAACAUACUAAAAUCUCUGGUGAAGCUUGGUGAGCUUGAAGAAGCUGAGAAAGUGCUGAAGGAGUGGGAAUCAUCUGGUAACUGUCAUGAUUUUCGAAUACCAGAUACUGUCAUAGCAGCUUAUUCUGAAAAGGGGUUGCCUGAGAAAGCCAAAAUGCUCCUCGAGAAUUUGAUGGACAAAGGAAAAGAAACUACUCCAGACAGUUGGGCGGGAGUGGCUGCAGGAUAUUGGUACAAAGGUGAUGUGGACAAAGCAGUGAAGAGCAUGAAGGUGGCCUUCUCUCUUCCCCUGACAAAUAAAAGAUGGAAGCCUGAUCCUAAGUUGAUUACAGCAAUUCUAAAUUGGCUCGGUGACAAUGGUAGUGUGGCAGAUGUGGAAGCCUUUGCAGGCUUCUUAUCCACAGUUCCUGUUAGCAGAGAAAUCGAUGAUGCUCUGCGAAGGGCUGGUUCGAGAGAGAGUAAGAUAUAGGUGGGUUCUAGACAGAACGAAAGCUGCUGACCUAGUAGGAGAAGAAACAAGCUAAUUAACGUGAAAGAUGUUAGCCAAACAAGAUACACUGCUGUUUGGACUGGUUGAACAGGCAGAGACUUUUUUCCACUGGUAUUCUGGUGAGACCUUGGCUAGCGGAAGAUCAGUUGCAGUGCCAUUGUUCACCUCAAGCAAGGCAACAGAGAAGUGUAAAUGAAAUUGCUCUUUUGCAAAUCAAAGAAAAUCAGGUUAAUGCUUUAGCAAGCGGAUCAUCUGAUGCAUCGAGGUGCCAUGUUAGCGGGGUUUUGGGAUUUUUCUUUGGGGGUGCCUUGAGAUUCUUCUAGUUUUUCAUGUCCCCUCCAAAUCUUGCUGUCUUUGCAUAGAAUUGGCAAAGCUGUUCUAUGUCUGAAAUUGGUAUUAGUUCACCCUCCUUUUGGCGAAGGGGCUUCCUUUGCACGAGAAA